AUGGCUCUCUUCAUGGACUCAGACUUCUCUGGACUGAAGCACAACCAGCAGAAAGACGUGAUGGAUUUUAAGGCGUUAUUUGGAGAAGCAGAUCACUGUAAAGCGGGCAGUGAGAGCUUGGUGUCCUCCCCGGAUCCGGACCGAGCCUCCGCCGCCGCCUCCUCCGGUGUGCUGGAGGGCCAGAGGAAGAGGAAGAGGACGAUCUUCAGCCGGUCCCAGCUGUCGGAGCUGGAGGAGGCCUUCUCUGUGACUCCCUACCCGGACAUCACCCUGAGGGAGCGGCUGGCCGCGCACACGCACCUGCCCGAGAGCAAGAUACAGGUGUGGUUCCAAAACAGAAGAGCCAGAAGUAUCAAGACUGUGAGACUCCCCAAGUCCACCAAGGGAGGUAGAGGUGCUGCAGAUCCUUCCCCAGGGCCUGGGACCUCUGCUUUCUUUGCUUCAGCCACCCUGGCAGACAUAUUCAGACCAGAGCAGAACCACUCCUGCGAGGACGUCCCGCAAAUGUAUUCCGACUGGAUCCAAAUCUACAGCAACCCCAUAUCAUCGCCGCCAUCUUCCUCAUCUCUCCACCAGCAGCCCACGCCGGGCUCUUCAAAACCUCCCGAGUCUCGUCUCUGGGAGGAGGAGCACCACCAGCGGCAGCACCUGGGACCAGCACUGGCCCCCGGUUUCCUUCCUGGUUCUCUCCCUCAGCCCAUCGGCAGGCAGCCUCACCACUCGGCCUCCGCCCGCUCCUACCAGGCCUUCAGGAACUACAAGCCCCAGACUAUGGCUUCAUCUGGGGCCCAUCAGACCGUGUACGGAGGCGGCGCCGCAGGUGGAGGUCACACCUCUGUAGACCAGGUAGUUCCUUCCCACCCUCAGCCGGUGUACUGGGAGGUAACUCAGGGCCAGGGACACCACCAUCACCACCAUCACCACCCACAAAUGGGACCACAGACCUCCAUGGGCUACAUCUCAGACCUGAUCUACAACGCUGCUAUUGUCACCAACUUCCUGGAGUUCUGAUGAGUCUGGAUGUGGAGCAUGAACAGAGAAAUAUUAAUACUGGAUAGCUACUGUAACUAUUUAUGUCAGACUUUGUAUUUCCUGUUAUAAUCUGUCCCUGUGUGACCAGAGCUGACUGUUCCUCAAACAUCUAUAGAGUUGUUGUCAAAUUGUCUUUGUUUUGUCUUUGUCUUGUUUUUUAGUAUGUUCCAGUCAUGUUUUAAAUAUGUAAUAUAUGUUAGGGAUUGAAUGGAAUCAGGGAUCCAUUGGUACCAACCAUGUUAAUGCUAAGAACGCUAAAUAACGCUACAUUUUGGCGAGUAUCAGGAGGGUUAGAUGGAUGGAGGGGAAAAAAUGAAAAAUAAGAAGGUGAGGAAAAACUGGCAUGGCGAUUUUCAUGAAAAAAAAAGA